AUGUCUUCGAACCGAGUUCGUCGCAUUGCCAAAGAGCUCAACGAUAUUGCAAACGAUCCCGAGUCUCAAAUUUUUUGCCAAUCAAGGGAUGGUAGUGACAGCGACUUAACCAGCCUUCGAGCUUCCUUUCCAGGUCCACCGGAUACACCAUAUGAAGGAGGCACAUAUCUUGUUGAUAUCAAGAUUCCCAACGAAUACCCAUUCCGUCCUCCGCAGAUGAGUUUCGUAACUAAACUGUGGCAUCCGAAUAUCAGCAGUCAGACUGGUGCUAUCUGCCUUGAUACCUUGGGCUCGGCCUGGUCUCCUGUUUUGACGAUCAAGUCAGCACUCCUGUCCCUCCAAUCCCUCCUUAGCACACCCGAGCCAAAGGAUCCUCAAGAUGCAGAAGUAGCCAACAUGUACCUUGCCCAUCCGGAGCGAUUUCGACAAAAAGCACGCGACUGGGCAAUUCAUCAUGCCGGUGCUCCUCCAGUCACAAAAUGGUCUCAAACCGCCGCUUCUAGCCCUUCAUACUCAGCACCGGUAUUGCAUCAAUCAAAGGAAGAGAAGGCGCGACAGGAAAUGUUGAAAUAUCAAGGAUACAACAAAGCUCUCGUCGAUCGUUUCGUAUCCAUGGGCUUUGACAUUGAAAAGGUUGUGGAAGCCUUCAACUACGUCCAUAUCGACCACAAUAACGGAGAGGACUACGAAUUAGAGGAAGCUUAUAUGGGUGACAUCACAGCGAGACUCCUCGGUGAACCAUGA